CGAAAGUACCUGGCUUUAAAAAGAGUGAACACCAACUGUGCUGGCAGAUGUUAGUGUUUUUACCUGGACUGAAAUAUUCGGGGCGAUAUUAUUACGAAAUACAUUUUCGGAGUUUUCCUGUCAUUAGGUCCUGCACUUCUCAGUCUUUCUGUUGUUCUCACAUCCAUUGAUACUCUCUAGCUAGUUUUGUUUUAAACUACUAAUCGUAGACGGGCGUUGACUGGUCCCAAAUAAAUUAUUUGCUAACGGUGAAGUUAACGUUAACUUACAAAGUGUACACUACCAUCGCUGGGUAGUGCUGUUUAACCUUAUACCAGCUGGGGUAUGGUAGGUAAACGUUAAUUAAUCCUUUUGUAACUUUUUUGUAGUCUCACAGUUUUUCAAACUUUCUAGCGAUCGGUAGCUGGCAAGGAAGUGCUAUCUAAGUUAGUUGGGUAACGUCGAUUACCCAAAAUAACUGGACUUUAUUUUUUAAACUAACCAACUAGCUAGUUAGUUGGUUACCUAAUUUGUAAUUCUAACUUUGAAUUUCAUUACCCGGGCAUUAGAAAUGUAUAUCAUUACCGAGUUUUUGUUGGUGACUUUGAAAGUGCUGUGGGCGUUUGUUCUGGCCGGGUUUAAAUGGCUAGUACGACCUAAAGAGAAGAGUGUUGCGGGUCAGGUGUGUGUGAUCACUGGGGCUGGCAGUGGACUUGGGCGGUUGUUUGCCAAGGAGUUUGCGCGGCGAAGGGCUGUGCUUGUUCUCUGGGACAUCAACAAACAAAGCAACGAGGAGACCGCUGAGAUGGUGCGACAGAUCCAACGGGAGAUGACCACCACCGUGCCCAAAGACGGGUGUGGCGGUGGCACGCAGCAGGUGCCGGCGUUUGAGCCCCAGGUGUACACCUACGUGUGCGACGUGGGGAAGCGGGAAAGCGUGUACUCCACGGCUGAGAAGGUCCAGCGGGAGGUGGGCCACAUCGACCUGCUGAUCAACAACGCCGGCGUGGUGUCCGGCCGCCACCUCCUGGAGUGUCCCGACGAGCUGAUAGAGAGGACCAUGAUGGUCAACUGCCACGCACACUUCUGGACCACCAAGGCCUUCCUGCCCAAGAUGCUGGAGAUGAACCACGGGCACAUAGUGACAGUGGCCAGCUCCCUGGGCCUCUUCAGCACAGCAGGGGUGGAGGAUUACUGCGCCAGCAAGUUCGGGGCCAUCGGCUUCCACGAGUCGCUGAGCCACGAGCUGAAGGCCGCGGAGAAAGACGGGAUCAAAAUGACGCUGGUGUGCCCCUUUCUGGUGGACACCGGCAUGUUCCAGGGCUGCAGGAUCAGGAAGGAGAUGGCAUCAUUCCUGCCUCCUCUGAAGCCUGAGUACUGUGUGAACCAAGCUAUGAGGGCCAUCCUGACCGACCAACCCAUGAUUUGCACCCCACGCCUCAUGUACAUGGUGACCUUCAUGAAGACGAUUUUGCCGUUCGAUGCCGUUGUGUGCAUGUACCGCUUCAUUGGUGCAGACAAGUGCAUGUACCCCUUCCUGGCACACAAAAAGCAGGUCACCAACAACAACCAGGCCAAGACUGGGAUGUAAACGGGUGCACCAUGACGAUGGAGGAGGAGCCCCCCCCACCCCAUCCCCCAAUGCAAAUUUCUACCGUAUUCCUACUCCUUCGGAAGAAAGCUGUGGACUUUUUAAAUUAUGUUUUACGGUUGCUGCUUUUUUAUUAUUGUUUUAUAAACAAACCAGCUGUCUCUUGGAAUUUAUGCUUGACAAUUGCUGUGAAGUCAAAGGUUUUUAGCAUCUUUGUGGAAUUGUACAGUAUGUUACUGUUUGAGCAGUAAAUCUAAUUAGUUCCCUUAUGGACAUGCGCACAUUUCUGCUGUCAUCCCAAUGUCACUUUGAGCAGUUUUAGUCGGACGUUUUGAGAGUGCCUUUUGGUCAGGCUUGCCCCAUUUAAAGAGAUGUAAGCAGAACCACAGGGGAGCAAGUCUUGUUCUGGAGGGCUGAUGUGUGUGCUGGCUGAAUGUACUUCUGUUUUACACUACAACGUUGUUCGAUGUUGUCUAUUACUGGUCACAGUUUUCACCGCAGAUGCAUGCGGUGUGUAGCUGUAAAUGGCCUGAUCAAAAAUGUGAGAUCUGAGAAAUGAUUGGACUAAUUCAGUACAGCGUCAUUCAAUCCUGAAUCGGAUGGUGUAUGUUUGGUGCACCUGUGUUGGCUCCAAUGGUCUUCCACCUUUUUACCGUCCCUUUUUAAAACCAUUUGAUUUGUGAAAUUUCUUUUCCAUAAAAUGUGGUGAUCCAUUUUAAUGUGAGCUGUAUGUCAUUAAAUUUUUUCUUUAACAAGAUGUUAAAAUGGCUGUACUGGGAAUGCUUCUUAUUCAGUAAAAUAUGAAUAGUUUCUGUUCCCAGCAUGGAAUCAAAGGGGGGGGAAAAGUGCUGUUCUGUUUGACUAACGUUUUAAGUAAAUACAUGUAUUGGACAAAUGUCUACUGUAUAUUUUAUGGAUUUCUUUCCCAUUUCCUGACUGGAAACCUAAAAUCUCUACCUUUUAAUUGCCCACCAGCUAAUUGGCAUGAACCAAGUUUUUUUUGUGAUAUAUUUGUGCUUGUUUUAUCAUGGUGUGUAACUUAAAUCAAUAAAGUUAUUUUUUGGCGUGAA